AGCAGGAUGCCUGCUGGGAGAGGAAGGGAUGGAUCCGGGUCAGGACACCGUGGGGUGAGGGCAGCAGCAGCAACCUGGGGUCAGACUUUACAUUCUGGGAUGCGGACCCUGCUGGCGUGGGGUGUUCUGGUGGUCCUGGCAGGGCAGGGAGGUGCAGAAGCGUGUCCCAGUCCCUGCAGCUGCCUGGGGAAUACGGUGGACUGCCAUGGCCUGGGUCUGCACUCUGUACCCAAAAACAUCCCCAGAGGGACAGAGAGGCUAGAUCUGAAUGGAAACAACCUGACCGUCAUCACCAAGACAGACUUCUCUGGGCUCAAACAUCUGCGGGUCCUUCACCUGAUGGAGAACCAGAUCAGCAUCGUUGAAAGAGGAGCUUUCGAUGAGCUGAAGGAACUGGAAAGACUUCGCCUCAACAGAAACCGUCUCAGCCAACUUCCAGAGCUGCUCUUUCAGAAGAAUGAAGCUCUGUCUCGACUUGACGUAAGUGAAAAUGCCAUCCAGGCCAUCCCGAGGAGAGCUUUCAGAGGAGCUACUGACCUCAAAAACCUUCAACUGGAUAAAAACCAUAUCAGCUGUAUCGAGGAGGGGGCCUUUAGAGCUCUGCGAUCUCUGGAAGUGCUCACACUGAACAACAACAACAUCAGUACUAUUCCAGUCUCCAGUUUCAACCACAUGCCAAAGCUCCGCACCUUUCGGCUCCACUCGAACUCGCUGCGUUGUGAUUGCCACCUGGCCUGGCUGUCUCCAUGGCUGCGGCAGCGGUCUGCGUUGGGCCUCUACACUCAGUGCAGCUCCCCACCUCCUCUAAGGGGCCUCAACCUCGCAGAGCUGAGAAAGAGCGACUUCGCCUGCUCAGGCCACAGCGGCAGCGCCUUCGUUCAGCCAUGUAGCUUGGCGUCUGGAUCCUGUCCUCCAAUGUGCUCCUGCAGCAACAACAUUGUGGACUGUCGAGGGAGGGGCCUCACAGCCAUUCCUGCCCACCUCCCGGAGGCCAUGACUGAGAUUCGCCUGGAGCAAAAUGGCAUCAAGUCGGUUCCUCCAGGAGCCUUCACCUCCUAUAAGAAGCUUCGGCGAAUAGACCUAAGUAACAACCAGAUAUCCGAGAUCGCUCCUGAUGCCUUCCACGGCCUCCGAGCUCUCAACUCACUGGUUCUGUAUGGAAAUAAAAUCACAGAGCUGCCUGCUGGAGUUUUUGAUGGCCUGGUCUCGCUGGAGCUGCUGUUGUUGAAUGCAAAUAAAAUCCACUGCAUCCGAGCCGCAGCAUUCAAAGAUCUGGAGAACUUGGCUCUGCUGUCGCUGUAUGACAACAAGAUCCAGAGUUUGGCCAAAGGCACCUUCAGCUCACUGCACAGCAUCCAGACACUACACCUGGCCCAGAACCCCUUUGUGUGUGACUGUAACGUGAAGUGGCUGGCCGACUUCCUGCGGUCAAACCCCAUAGAAACCAGCGGAGCGCGUUGUGCCAGCCCUCGCCGCCUCGCCAACAAACGGAUCGCACAGAUCAAGAGCAACAAGUUCAGAUGCUCCGCCAAGGAGCAGUACUAUAUCCCAGGUGCUGAAGACAGGCGUCUGAGCUACGAGUGUAACAGUAAACCGGUGUGUCCUGCAAAGUGUCGCUGCGAAGCCAAUGUUGUCGACUGUUCCAACCUCCGCCUCACCAAGUUCCCUGAACACCUUCCAUCCUCCACUGAAGAGCUGCGUCUCAACAACAACGACAUCUCCGUGCUGGAGGCCACCGGAGCCUUCAGGGGCCUGUCGCAGCUCAAGAAAAUAAACCUGAGCAACAACAAGAUCUCAGAGAUCGAGGACGGUGCGUUUGAGGGCGCCUCAUCGGUGGCAGAGCUUCAUCUCACAGCAAACCACCUGGAUUCUGUCAGAGGGAGCAUGUUCAGAGGCAUGGAGGGCCUUCGCAUGCUGAUGCUGAGGAACAACCGGAUCAGCUGCAUCCAUAACGGCAGCUUCACAGGACUGACCAACGUCCGGCUGCUGUCCCUGUAUGACAACCAGCUGAGCACCAUCCUGCCCGGAGCCUUUGACACCCUGCCCAACCUCUCUACGCUAAACCUUCUGGCCAAUCCCUUUAACUGUGACUGCCACCUGUCCUGGUUUGGGACAUGGCUUAGAAGCCGGCGAAUUGUGACAGGUAAUCCACGCUGCAAGGGCCCUGCCUUCCUCCGAGAGAUCCCCCUGCAGGAUGUAGCUGUUCCAGACUUCCGUUGCGAAGAUGGCUCUGUACUGCAGGACAGCAGCUGUGCUCUGGGACCUCAGUGUCCCAGUCAGUGCACCUGUAUGGAUACAGUGGUCCGCUGCAGCAACAAACACCUGCAGGCACUUCCCAGAGGACUGCCCCGCAACGUCACUGAACUUUAUCUGGAUGGAAACCAGUUCACCAGUGUUCCCAAGGACUUAGCCACCUUCAAAUAUCUGCAGCUUGUAGAUCUGAGCAACAACAAGAUCAACUCGCUGUCUGACGACUCCUUCUCCAAUAUGAGCCAACUUACCACACUGAUCCUCAGCUACAACGCACUUCGCUGCAUCCCUCCUCUGGCGUUGUCCGGCUUGCGCUCGCUAAGACUGCUUUCUCUCCAUGGCAACGACAUCUCUGAGCUUCAGCAGGGGAUCUUCAGCGAUGUGGCCUCACUGUCUCACCUAGCGAUUGGAGCCAACCCGCUGUACUGCGACUGCCGCCUGCUCUGGCUGUCGGACUGGGUGAAGAGCGGUUAUAAGGAGCCUGGCAUCGCCCGGUGUGCCGGGCCCCGUGGCAUGGAGGGCAAACUGCUGCUCACCACGCCGGCUGACAAGUUCCAGUGUCUGGGUCCUGUGGAGGCGUCUGUUCAGGCCAAAUGCAGUCCAUGUGUGUCUUCCCCCUGCCAAAACCAGGGUCUGUGCCAAGUCCACCACAGCCAACAGUACACCUGUACCUGCAAGUCCGGCUUCACGGGUAAACACUGUGAGACUCUGGUGGAUGCUUGUGUCAGCAAUCCCUGCACCAACGGAGGAAACUGCCUGAGCGAUGAGCAGACUGGAGGAUUCAGUUGUGCGUGUGCUUUCGGUUUCCAUGGCACUUUUUGUGAGGUGAACAUGGACGACUGCGAGGACCACGGCUGUGAUAACGGUGCCACCUGCAUCGAUGGAGUUGGAAAUUACACCUGUUUGUGUCCUCCCAACUACACAGGUCUGUUUUGUGAGGAAGAGGAAGAUGUUUGCUCCACAGACAGAAACCCCUGUAAGCAUCAGUCCACCUGCAUCAGCAGUCCUACAGGUCCCAGGUGUGUGUGCAUCCCAGGCUGGGUGGGGCCCGACUGCAGCAUCGAUUAUAAUGAGUGUGUGGAUCAUCUGUGUCAGAACGGAGCGCAGUGUGUCGACCAUCUGGAUGGAUACAGCUGUGUCUGUCCACAGGGAUUCAGUGGUGAAUUUUGCGAGGUGUCCCCGCCGCUGCCACCGUCUCCAUGUCAGCUGGCUCAGUGUCAGAACGGCGCCCCCUGUGAGGAAAGGUCAGGUUCUGCGGUCUGUGUGUGCCUGCCGGGCUUCGAGGGUCAGAGCUGUGAGAAGCUGGUUAGCGUCAACUUUAUUGAUAGAGAUUCUUAUGUUCAGCUUCAAGAUGUGAAGAACUGGCCUCAAACUAACAUCACCCUGCAGGUGUCAACUGCAGAGGAUAAUGGUAUACUGCUCUAUAAUGGAGACAACGAACCAAUAGCAGUAGAGCUUCAUCAGGGUCAUGUAAGGGUGACCUAUGACCCCGGGAACGAGCCUGCUACUGCCAUCUACAGCGCUGAAACGGUGAACGAUGGACAGUUCCACACGGUAGAGCUGGUGACCUUUAAUCAGAUGGUCAACUUGUCGGUUGAUGGAGGAGAGCCGACCACGUUGGACAGUCAGGGUCGCAGUCAGCCAGCAACAGGAGAGGCUCUUCUGUAUGUGGGAGGUAUGCCUGAGCAGGUGCUCCCAGCCUCUCUGGGACUUUCCUCUCAGACCCUUAACACAUCCAGUUUCCACGGCUGCAUCAGGAACCUUUACAUCAACCACGAGCUCCAGGAUUUUACUCGCAGCCACAUGAAGCCGGGUGUGGUCCCAGGCUGCCAGCCCUGCCGCAAACUCUACUGCCUGCAUGGCAUCUGCCAGCCCGAUGCGGCACAGGGUCCUCAGUGUCACUGCCUGCCUGGAUGGACCAAACAACACUGUGACCAGCCAAUCACAGGAGGCCUUACUGGACCAGAUGUUGUCACCACGGCAACUGGUGCCAACCCGUGUGACAGCAGCAAGUGUGUGAAGGGGUUGUGUGUGGCGCUGGAUGCACAAACCUACCGCUGCGACUGUGAGAAGGGAUAUCAUGGGGCACUGUGUAACCUCCAGGACGCAGCGGCAGCUUCAUGCCGGGGGCUACGCUGUCUGCAUGGCCAGUGUCAGCUAACAGAGGAAGGCGAGAGCUGCGUCUGCCAGCAGGGAUUCACCGGAGAGAGCUGCGAUAUCGAGUCCCCGUGUCGAGGUGAGCCGAUCAGAGAUUACCACCGGCUGCAGCGUGGCACCGUACUCUGCCAGACCUCCAAACCGUUCUCCUGGGUGGAAUGUGAAGGCCGCUGCCAAGCAUCAACUGGGGGGUCCGCCGCCUCCUGCUGCGCCCCUCUGAGGGUCCGCCGUCGGAAGCUCGCCUUUGAAUGCGACGAUGGGACCUCGUUUACACAGGAUGUGGAGAAACCUGUGGAAUGUGGCUGCAAAGAGUGUGUGUAGUACUGUGAAGGCGAUGGCGUAUACACAAACACACACACACAUACACAUAUAUGCAGGCGCACACAGUUUGAAACACAAACACACACACUGUAGAAACUCUCCCACACAUACAGAGCUUUGGGUGUUUUGUUUUUGUGUGUUUGCGCACAGUUUUGUAACAUAAACAGUUCUUCCAUUUUGAGAUGUGAAAUCAACAAGUCAACCUCAUCAUCAUCAUCCUCUUCCUCACCUGCUGUAGGGAAACUUGCAUGUUAGCUACCUAACUCCAGCUCAUUGUUACACAGCUGCAAACAUCUUUGUUCUCAUGAAGCUGAACAGGUGCAGUGAGAGUGCAAUCAUCCAUCUGUGCGUUGCAGUCCCAGCUCAUCUGUAACUGGUCUGGUUGCGCACGUGUGUUUGUGCAUGUGGGUCCAUGCAGUGAUCGCGAUGUGGUCAGACGUAGCUCCCCCACAAUAUUCACACUGUGGGGGAACUACAUCAUAUUUUACUGGUCCUUCUGACCAGGGCCCUGUGUCAGGGUUUACGUUCAGCUUUGGUUCAGUUUGUUCCGACAGGCUGCACCACAUGCAAACAUGAAGCUGAUGUUUCUCAAAUAACCACUUGAGGCUGCCUCUGAGAGUUAACCCAGAUAAACUCCACUGCAGCAGGAAAAAGACUAACACAUUUCCAAUCUGGUACAGAAGGAAAAUGAGUCAGGUCUCCACGGCUCCACUGUCUCAUCCUGACUGCUGCACAUCUUCAUGCAACACAUCCAAGAAUGAACUUCUCAAGAUCCAGUGAUUUAUAAAAUGAUUUAUUGGAGCUUUUAAUAGAAAGUAAAGAAACUGUUAGGUUGAAGUUGGUUAGAACACAGAAGUCUCAUGUCAGACUUUAAAACACUAAAAAUCUAAUAAUUAAAAUAAACAGCAUAAUAGAAUUAAGUGGAUCAAAUUAACUAAAACUAAGUUUAAGCUUGUUUUCCAACACUGUUAAUGUGUUAAAAUGUUUGUGUCACAUUCACACUUUUCCUCAAAUCCAUCCUGUCAUUCAUUCGGUCAGACUUAAAUAUUCACACAAAGACAAGAUGCUCAUUUCAGGAAACUAUCUGGGAUUAUAUCUGCAGUCCUAUUAAAUUUGAGCCGUCGUAAAUAAGUCACCAUGUUCACAUCAGCCCUCAACUCACAACUGCACGUUUGCCAGCCGCUUCUGUGGUAAAACGGAGAUAGUUACCACCCCCUACUGUUGAAUGUGAACGAAUCAACCUGACUAUUACAGAUCGACGGGAGGGAUUUUACUGCAUUUGUUUGCUUCUUUUUGUCACUGCGGUCCAGAGACGGACGUUUUGUCUGCUUGUUAGAGUUUAAAGCAGACAGUUCAGACUUAGUUUAGGACUGAGUUUUGGUUUAGAGCUGGGUGUGGACAGCGCUGUGGAGGAACAACACCUGUCUCUUACAUUUAUAUUUAGCUGUGAUAUGAUCUUCCUGCCGUUAUUUUCCUUGUGUGAAAGGUGAAAAUCUGUCAGCAAAGUCAACAAAUGGAGAAUUUAAAGCCAACAUGCUGCUCUCUGUAAUGCCACAAUAAUUAUUUUCAUUUUAAUUUUUGUCGAUUGACUCAUAUCUCGGUCUAAAGCCUUCAGGUGCUAGUUCGUCUUUUAUUACAUCUCACAACUGAACGUGAAGCUUUAAAGUUGAAUACAGGGCAAGCUGUAACCUGAAGGUGUUUUUCAUUUUGAUUUUUUCAUAAAACUCAUUUAAUGUAACAUCCUCCCAGAGGUUUAUGCUGAAGAAUGUCUGGAAACUUAGAUGAAGUUUUCCCUCCUCAAACCCAGCAGUGUUGUUCAGGAAACAGUUCGUCGGGAUGUCAAAAUCAGAGUAAAGCAGAAAUAAUUAUCCUCUAAAUUAGUCAGACAUAUGUGUGUAUCCUGGCCAAACAUGAGUGAUAAUCACAGUAAAUUAAACCAAGUUUUGAACUCCCAACUGAGCCGAUCCAGCUCUGGUUAGGGUUAGUUAAUCCCAGUUGUCGAAGGUAAAAGCUUCCAUGUGAUAAAUGAGGCAGGUGUGGGUGGUGAUCCUGAACUCUCCACUAUCAUCACUCUGCAUACAUCAGUCCACUGACCACAGUUGUUCUGGUUUAAAAUCUUUUUCUUUCCAAAUAGCUACACAUAUGCCGUAACAGAGCUGUUAGUUAGGAUGUGCACAUGCACACAUCUGUGCACGUUCGUCCAAUGAUGACUAUAAAUUUAAAAAAAAGUAAAUUCUCUUAUGAGUAAAAUCACACCUAAAAAGUUUGUGUAUUUUGUCUGUGAGGAUACAAUAAACACAGUUAAAACUAAUAAGAUUACAAAUAGAAUAUGUAAUUUAUGAUUAUGAUUUGACAACAAACUCACAGCUGUUUGUUUCUAAACUAGUAAAGAAGAUAACAUAAUCAUUAAUUACUUUUCCUAUAUGUAAUUUCUUUAGUUGUAACUUUUUACAUCAUAUUCUCACUAACAAAAUACACAAACAUUUUAUAUAUGAUUUUAUACAGACAAGACUUGACUUUUUUAAAAUUAUGCACAUCUUUUGAUGACAAUAGAGGGAUGUGUAUUUGUGUGCACAUCUUGAUUGGCAGCUCUGUUACUCCACUUUCCGAUUCCUGCAGUGCAGCAUUAGCAUUAGCUCCGAAAAUUUACACAAGCAAGCGUGUCAACUUCACCCCUCAGAAAAAUGAGCAUGAUGCUGACUUCAUCAUGUCCAACAUCUAUAAAGUUUGUCAACUUUGCAAUUUGCUAAACGGAUCACUAAAAACUUGAGCUGCUUAUUUAAACUGCAGAAUAAUAUUAGCUUGGAUGAAAGUUGGAUGGAUCCGUGGCUAAUUGCUGUGGUUGAGGUCAGUGUAUUUUUUGCUCGAUGUAUUAAAAACCAAAAAUGAGCAUUUAUUUGAUUUUUGCUGAAAAAUCAAAAAACUAAAAAUGAAAUUACAUUUUUUCCUUUCAACUAUUACAAAUUAAUAAAAAUUAAAGUAACUAAAAAUUAAAAAUGGUUUGAUUUUGGUUUUAUAGUUUGCAGAACAAAAGAUAAAAUCACUAAAAUACAAACAAAAAACAACCCGUUUUACUGUAUUUUCAUAUUAAAUUGAUUGAAUUUAAUAUUAAAUAUGAUUUUACCUCUUGUCCUUGUCUGAGUAGGUUUCAGAGACAUUUUAUUAUGUGAAAUUAAUUCUCAUAAAAUGGGUAGUUAACAUUCGAUGCUCUGUCCUACCCAAAUCAAAAUCCCUUUUUCCACCAGCGGGUCCAGGUCUGGACGGGUCAGUUUGGUUCGGUAAACAUUGAUCACCAUUGAGUUUCCACAGCAACCAUACCCUUACCUGGUGGGCGGAGUAUCAGCCAGAUAGCCACAGACGUGUGAGCUACAGAAUAGUGGGAUGUAAUGCUUGUGUUAUAAUGAAGAAGGCGACCCAGAACAAAAGGAGGAGAAUGGUGGACAUCCAGCAGUUUGUCUUCUUUCUUAUUAGCAUGUGGCCUUAACAAAAACUCCACUGUAUGUUUAAACAUGGAGCUGUUUUUGCUUUGGUUUGAGACUCGCCAAUUAGAACAAUCAGUGGAUCACAGGGUGUCAAGCUCCACCCUUUAAGAUCAAAUUAGUGAGACUGGGACCCCAGCGAAGGGUAGGAUGGGUCUGAUCGGAUGUUCUGGCUCCCUUCCCAGUUUUGUCAUAUUUUAUUUUUUAAUGAAAACUAAAUAAGCACUUGUUUUGUGUUUUUUAAUACUCACCUCUGAACAAAAAACCCAAAGACCGUACACUGACCGGUUGGCUAGCUUUAGGUUAACGCACUGAAGAAGGUCUAUAACAUUUUAAUGAAGGAGGUUGAGUUUUUUAUGCAACUCCUAUUACAUCGAGCCUCCAUUUGAGACCAGCUUUGAAAAUCCUGAACAGAAAAAUGACAUCAAACUGUUUUUAUUUCCAUAAUUCAGUACUUUUACAGAGCUGAAGUCUUUCCACUGAAGCUAGGAAUCAGAAAAACACACUCGGGAAAGGGCGAGACGAGGAUGAAGGUUGGAUGCUUUAGUGUGUUUAUGUGUGAAUGAAUGUGUAGAAAUACAGAGAGAGCUUCACAAUAAUGCACGUUUGCUCUGAUCAAAACCCUCCUCUCUGACUUGUUAGAAGGGUCUGUGAAUGCAUCAUGCCAACGUCACAGGGAAACCAUAGCUGUCAUUUAUAAUGUCAUGAUAUUUAUAUGGAUGUGAAACUAAAAUAAAAACUAUGUAUUGUGAAGUUUUAACAUGUUUUUAUUUUCUAUUUUAACGUAUAUAAAUGGCUGAUUUGUGUCAUGAGUCCAAAUUAAACUAACGUAGUUUGAUUAACAUUAUUAAUGUACACACAGUAACAAGCUAACAGACUGUAAUAUAUAAAUGAUGAACUUAUGAUGCAUCUGAUUUUGUUAUAGUAUUUUUAUAUGUUGGAGAGGAUGUUGUCACUGUGUCAUCUGUAACCUGUAGAUAAGUCUUUGUUUUGUCCAAAAAAAAAAAAAAAAAAUGUUCCUGGGAUUUGAACACA